AAGCACAGAGCAGAAAGCCCUCUCUCCAGCUCGGCGUAACCCCGCUAGAAUAGCUAAAUAUAUAUGACUAGGCCGUAAGCAGCUAUACAGAUUUCUACGGAGCAAGUGCAAUUUGGAGCAGUCGUGCACGCGGUUCGUUUGUUCAAUUUCUAGUUUUCCACUCAACAGAGUCUUGCAUCUUAGACUGCAAGUACCUACUCUCAAGUCUAUGACACAUGGAGUUUCUGGUGCGUCUCGUGCAGGUACACGAAGCCUUUCGCGAGGCCGAGCUUCGCGCUCUUGCCGAGCUUACUGGCAUUCAUCUUGAAAUACUAGAAUACAGAGCAGACAGUCCCUUUUGCGUUGUUCGUCUUGACUCAGUCUCAUCGGCAAGGGCUCUGAUUUCUCGUGCCAUCAUAGCUCAUGGCAUAUACGAGCUUUGGGGACACGGCAAAAAUUACGAGUCUUUACACGAGGAUGUCAAAUCUCGCUCUGCCCAUUUCUGGAAAUUGUACGAAACGGUCUCUUUCAGAUUUAAAGUUGAAUCAUACCAAGGGAAACGUAGCUCAAGCGAGCAUCGCCAGAUCAUUAAUUCCUUUGAAUAUGUGGGCUUCAAAGGUCCCAUUAUGAUGACAGGCGCAGAUCAGAGUUUCAUGGUUUUCGAGGAAUAUAACCUCACUGAAUCUAAGCCCAAGAAUUUGUGGUUUGGUAGACUUGUAGGCAAAAGUGAUCGAGAGGCUAUCACAAAGUAUGAUUUGAAGAAACGAAACUAUAUAUCGACGACAUCUAUGGACGCUGAAUUGGCGCUCGUCACCGCAAAUCUGGCUCUAGCAGCUCCUGGGAAGAUUUUCUUUGAUCCGUUCAUGGGUACGGGCGGAUUUCCUGUUGCAUGUGCACACUACGGCGCACACGUUUUAGGAAGCGAUAUCGAUGGUCGUUCAAUUCGUGGGAAAGGGGGAAAGCAAUCUGUACUUGGGAACUUCCAGCAGUAUCACCUCACCUCAUAUUACGUGGAUGGCUGGACCAGUGAUUUGACCAACACUCCGCUCCGCGUUAGGACUGGUCAAUCAGGGCGACGCGGAACCUUGGACGGCAUAGUUUGUGACCCGCCAUAUGGUGUAAGAGAGGGCCUGAAAGUUCUCGGAAGAAGGGACGGUCGUGAAAAUGAUGGGCCCGUCGUUGUGGACGGAGAGCUAGCCCAUAAUCGUGAUGGUUUUAUUUUUCCUAAACGACCGUAUAGCUUCGAUGCAAUGUUGGAAGAUAUUUGCGAUUUCGCGGCAUUAAUGCUCGUUGAUGGAGGUCGACUGUCGAUGUGGAUGCCGACAGCAAAUGAGGAUGACAAGCAUCUUUCCAUACCAUCCCACCCUUGUCUAUUCCUAGUCAGCGAGUGCAUACAACCGUUCAAUAGGUGGUCCAGGAGACUACUCACGUAUCAGCGUUUGAAGGGCAGCGACACUGUAGAGUGGCAGCCCAAAGUCAGAGAGGGUCCGAAUGGGCGUGCUCAUGCGAGUGAUCUCAACGAGUUUCGAAAAAAGUAUUUUGAGGGUUUUCGUGAGUUUGACUACAACGGACAACCUAAACAGAAAUCGAGACGAGGAUGAUGAUCCACCCCUAGUCACUCAAUCUACCCAACUUUAUCAUAUAGGAUGACUCUGGAAUGCCAUAAACCCAAUCAGCCAUCGUAAUCAGCUCAUUUGGAUUUUCGUUAGCUCCUAGCGUCUAGGCCGCUCAACCGUACUUCUCGUAGCGUCACCAUCAAUUGCGGCGGGAGA